UGAAAGGAGUGUGAGUUUUCAACCAUGGUUUCUUCGGUUUUUUCCUCUUUUGAACCUCGAACACCAAUCGAAGUGGCCGGGUUGUUGGCCGAAAUCCACAACGAUCCCUCUGAGAAAAAAGUGGAUCUACUAUCAGGAGCUUAUCGGACAGAGGAACGAAAACCAUGGGUUUUGCCUGUGGUCAGGAAAACUGAAAUUAUGCUAGCUAACGACGGCAAUACUUAUCAUGAGUAUGGACAUUUUCUGGGCUCCACAGAGUUCAAUUCUGCUACCACCUCCUUUCUACUGGGUAAAGAAUCCAUUGCCAUUAAGGAAGAGAGGACAUUGAGCGUUCAGACACUGGGUGCCACAGGGGCUCUCUCCAUUGGCGCUCGGUUUCUAAGGCAGUGUUUGGGACGUACACACUUUUACUUAUCUGACCCUUGUUGGGAGUUCCACGAAGCACUAUUCAUGCAAGCGGGUUUUGUAAAAAGCUCACGUUACCGGUAUUGGAAUGCAGAGAAAAGAUGCAUUGACAUGGAUGGACUCUUGGAGGAUUUGUCAAAGGCAGAGCCAAAUUCGGUUGUUCUACUCCAAACAUGUGCGCAUAACCCGACUGGGUGUGAUCCCACCCCCGAACAAUGGGCCAAAAUAGCUUCGAUCAUGAGGAAAAAUAAACUGUUUCCAUUCCUCGACAUGGCUUAUCAAGGUUUCGCAUCGGGAGAUAUUGAGGAGGAUGCAGAAGUUGUUCGCUAUUUCGUUGACCAGGGUUUCGAGUUUAUGUGCGCCCAAUCUUUUUCCAAAAACUUUGGUCUAUACGGUCAGCGAGCCGGAAGCCUCACUAUCGUUUCAAAUUGUGCUCAUACAAUUCCGCAUAUCGUAUCCGAGAUGAUUCUCAUUGCUGGAGGAAAUUACAUGGUUCCACCCCUUCAUGGAAGUAGAAUUGUUGCAACAGUUUUGAACGAUCCAACCCUCUUUGAAGAAUGGGAAAGAUGCGUUACAACUAUGUUCGACCGAAUAAUAGCGAUGAGAACAGGCCUUAAGAAGAGAUUAGAGACCUUGAAAACACCAGGUUCUUGGGACCAUAUUACAUCUCAGCGAGGCAUGUUCUGUUUCAUUGGCCUAGCACCCGCUCAAAUCGAGUACUUGAGAAAAAAGCACCAUGUCUAUACACUGAAAAACGGGAGGAUGAACAUCGCAGGACUGACAACCACAAACUUGGACCACGUCGCCAGAAGUAUUCACGAUGCAGUCUUGAAUGUGAAAGGAUAGAAUGAUCUCGAUCAAGAAUGAAAGUCGAUAUGUCGAUGGUAAUUAGUCGAAUCAGGCAUUUUAUCAAAUGCUUCGGCCGGUAGUUAAAUUUUGAAAGUUUACGGAAUUCUGUAAAUUUUAGGCGAGGAGUUCACGGGUUUUCAAUAUUGCAGGAAAAACAAAUGAAGAAUAAAAGAUCCGCUAACUCUUCUCGUUCCUUCCUUUUCAAAUGCCUCUCGUGUAUUUAAAUGCUAAAAUUUUAAAAAUUCUAUGUUUUAUGACGUGCUGACAAUUUCAAGAUACAUUUGAGUUCAGGAGCUAAAAAUCGUUUAAAAUACUACUGUAUGCUGCAUAUUUUUACAGAUAAUUCUUUCUUAAAGGAGCAACGAAUUAUUUUUUUCUAAAAUUAGGAAAAUAAUCAAAAUUUCAAUCUAAGUAAGAAUAUUUAACUAUUUGCCUAGGGAUUUGACAAAAUGCCUGAUUUGACUAUUUGACUGCGACAGAUAUAAAAUUAAGCUCAUUAUUUGAUACAGUGGCGAGGCGCGAUCGAUUAUCGAUAUUUCCCCAUUUGAAGCUAUGGGAAAGAAUCGAUUAUCAAGGUGUUCGAUGCGAACAUUCUGUUCAUCGAUACUUUUCCAUGGGCAGAUCAAUCGAUAUAUCGCAAAGCACGCUUCGCCACUGAUUUGAUAGGUUAUUCGUUGUUUAAUUGAACAAUGUCAAAUGUAUGUAACAUGAAAAAUAAGGCUAGUUUUUCAAGUUGUUGAGACGUUAGAUGUCACCGAAGUAGAUUCAGUUGAAAAAUUAAAAUGUUAAUCAAGUUAUA